AUGGCAUCUGCAAGCAAUGAUGAAGUCUGCAUAUUUUUUGGCGUCAGUGGCGCUGGUAAAAGUUCUACAAUCAACACACUAUGGAUUGAAGUUAUUUUUGACGAAUUCUGUUUCCCACGUGAACCAUUAAAACCUUGUAUAUUCAAUAAAUUACAUGUGAAAUGCAUAAUAUUUGUUAUUAGUAUGAUGGAUGCAAGAACGGAUUUUUAUGAGAAAUUCGCUGAUUUUCUUGGACAAUAUUUGAAUGUGCAAAAUGUUAAACAAAAUUCACUUUUUUUAUUAACAAAAGGUGGUGAACUGCAACCAAAUUCUAAGAAAGAAAAGAUGGAAAGUAUUCGAACAAAUAUUCUUACAUUGAAUGAACACUCGAACUGGAAUAUGAAAUUUAUUGAAUGGUCAAAUAUAACACCAUUUUCAAAUCAAGAACAAAAAUUACUUGCUGCUAUAUCACAAUACAAUGGAUUUAAUGUCCAAAAUAGUUUAAAACAAAUUGAAAAGGAAAUCAAUGAUCAAGCACUUAUUUUGUAUGAAGCAAAGGAAAAUAAGUUAAUUGUAAAGCAUGAUGCUAAAAAAGAAUUACAAAAUUGUUCGGAAACACAUGAAGUGGAGAUCAUAUUACUGUACAAUACGAUGAACCAAUUAAAAAGGAAAUACCAGGUGAAAUGA